AUGGCAUUUAAAUGGUUAAUAUCGCGAAAUACCCAAAACAUUGCUAAAGUACAUCUCACAUUACCAAAAGCCCUUAUAACUCAUAGAAGCUAUUUUCAUGGAAUUCAACGGUGGCCUAGAAGUUAUGGAAAACUAAAAUCCCGAUGUUUUGCUUCCAACGUGGCAUCUUUAGAAGCUGCUCAGCAAGAAUUGGAUCGAAAAUUUAAAGAGCUAGAAGGAAACGUAGAAACAAUAAGACAAAGUCAAGUCAAUAAAUGGCCUUCUCUUAACCUAUCUGAACAAGAAAUCGAGCAAGCUCUUUAUUCUAUCGAGCAAGAAGGGAAAUCUGAUAAUGAUGUUGCAACUUCGAACGAACUAAAGGGUUUACCUGAUGCUACUUUUUAUUUGGGCCCUAUCCUUUCAAAAAGGCUGCAGCUUCAUCAUAACGAGAAAGAAGCAAAAAACUCCCUUGUGGUUAUUGGGGAAGACCGCAAGUAUUUGAAGUUUGUUGUGGAAAACAAAAAAAAGCUUGAAGCUUGGAAUCAGAAAGUCGUUGCUUUGCUGGCUGACCCCAACUGCUUUCAGGGAGUUUCAAAAUUGCAUGUAGAAUCCUUUGUCACGGCAUUGCCUACUACAUUAAAGGUGAAACAUAUGCAGCAAAUUCUCAAGAACUUGGAAAACACAGAUUUAGGCCUUUGGCGCGAGUUAUGCUAUCAGUUUAUGGUUGCUUGUAAUAGAAAGAAAAUGUUUUCCGCAUCUUUGAAUCUUUUGGAACAAUAUAAUAGUAUUGACUCCAGUGUACAUUCAGAUUUGUGCCGUGCAGAAGCAUUCGCUUUAAGUCGACUCGGGCUCUACAGCGAAUUUACGAAACUUAUUGAACGUUAUCAAAAGGAAGUAAAAAUAUUUGAACAUUCAUUUUUUAGUGUUUGCUUAGUAUCUUUCUGCAAAGCUCAGAUGACUUCCCAAGCAUUGUCUCUAUUCGACUAUAUGAAAUUUGUUUCAGUUAACACAGCACCAAAUGAGAUCGAUUAUAACUCCUUAAUAUAUCAUUGUGCUGUUCAAAAAAGGCCAGAAAAAGCACUUGAAUUAUACAAUGAUAUGAUAAAACGACCUAUCAAUCCGUUGAGACCAACCGAGCUUACAAUCAAUAAUCUAAUCCACGCUUUGUCGACAGAAAAAAAGUAUCAUUUUCUUGCAUUUGCUUACUUAUCAGAAUUUACGAAAUUUGGUUUAGCCCCGAACGCACGAACAUCGUAUGAGCUUUUGAGAUUAGCUGCUCAAAGCGGUAACAUUAAUGCUAUAAAGAACUUGUAUUCUCAAUACUGGGCUAACAGCCAAGUUUUGUCUAAGAUUUGCAGCGUUGAAAGAUUGUUUAAUUUUGCUUACAAGGCUUAUGCAAAUGCCACCACGAAGGAUUCUUCCGUCAUUCCAAGCUUGGAUAAGAUCCGCGAAAGCGUUAUUAGGAAUUUAGAAGAAGAUGAAAGCUUUAGUUCACCUUUUGGUUUACGGAAGAUAAGUACGAAAUCGGAUUUAUUUUAUGCUGCUGUUUAUACACGCGAGUACACGAAAAAAUAUCAUCCAGAGAUUGUUACCAAAACAAGCUUAUCUUUUCUAAAUAUAUUCUCAACGCAACAGAAUUUGGAACUUUUUACGAGUGUCUAUUUAACGGAAUUUUCUCAGCCGGAUUUCGCUGAAAAAGAAGAUUUGGAAAACCACUUCAUUACUCAAAGGAACAUAUUAGCCUAUUAUUUUGCAAUCUAUGUUUCUUUACGUUGUGAUGAUUUUAUUCUUGGAUAUCGUGCAUGGCAAGAGUAUUACUUGCAUAAAGACAAGGGUAUUAUUCCUUCUGAAUUAAAGGGAUAUGAACAAAAAAUUACUACGCUUAUGAUUUCUCUGUUUUCCAAGCAUGGGUACUUAGAAUUAGCGAGAAAGUUAUUAGUAGCUAGUCUCAAUCAAGGAUGGGAUUGGACCCCUCAUUCAUUGGGACAUCUUAGAAAACUUGCUAGUUUAAAAAAGGAUCAAGCAACUGUACAAUUAAUUGACGGUAUUACUGGAACACAAAUUUUGACUUAG